CAGAAAGUCACACAUUCCCUGAAUGCGGAAGGCGAAUUUCUGAUGAAACGGAAGAGCAGAAGCCCUGCAGAGAAGCAGCAUGAGACUUGUGAUGUCUGGUUGGAUACUUCAUCACUCAAAAGGAGAAAAUUGCAGAACCUAAUAGGUAAGCCCGGAUUAAGGGUGGCGAAUCGACUCUCUUAUUCUACUCCAACAAAAGUGUCUCUUCCAUUCACUAAACAAACCACCAUUUCCACUUUCUUCAGUGUUCAACAAGCAGAGGAGAAGAAAACCAACACCCAUAAAAGGCUAUUGACUGUUGCAUCCAACAGUGCCUCCAACCUGAAAGACCAUGAACUGCCUAGCAGGGAGAAAGCCCCAUUGCCAGCUUCUUCUCAGCCACUGGACUUGGAAGAGUGGAGCCAACAGAAAACGCAAGGCGUAUGCCUUCCCCCUUGGUGUUCUGCCCCUACUCAAGCCCAAAGUAACAGCUGUAUCCUGCCAGAUACCAAGGGAAAAGUCUCUGUUGCAGAGCGGGGAGACCCUCUCUCCUUGGACUUAAUUCAGCACCUAGAACAAAAGAGGGUUCUUGAUCAUGCAGCUAUUUCUUAUUCUCCUUUGAUAGAGCAAAAUGGUGGUCGGAAGAGAGAAACAAACACAACCUUGUUUCCGCUGGAUAGUCAACACCUGCAGAUAGUUUCAAGUAGAAGAACCAAGGCUCAGAGAAAACACAGAUGCCCAUCCUCUAAUUCUGAGAAUAUAGAUCCUCAGCUGGAGAAAAGUAUAACAAAAAUGAAGACUUUGAAGAGUUUUAAUAUAACUGCAUCUGGACUCUGUCUGAAAACCAAUGAUGCCAUUUCUAAUUCUGAUGAAGGGCAUGAGACCAGCCACGUAGAUGUAGCAAGUCUCCUGUUCACCCAGGACUCCGAGGGUCACAAAGUCAUUUCUAACUGUUUUUUUCGUGGACAAGGUGAACCGUCUUUGCAAAAGAAGCCUCUUCGGCACAAAAGUAGCACAGUAUCGAGCCCUUCUUAUACGGAGUGCUCUGGGGCUUGUUAUUCUGCAGAGAGAGGGCCCCACAUAGAUCCAGGCAUGAGAUUGUCUGUUCUAACAGACGUUAGUCAGAAGUCAUGUUAUGACUUGCUAUUCACAGAGGAUUCAGAAGGCAAUAGAGUCAUUAAACACUAA